UUUACUCCACGCUCCCUCCUUCCUCCUCUGCUAAAACUUCUAUAAAUAAAAUAAAAAACUCGUCAAAUUUUAAUCAAAUCCCCCCAUGAAUUCCCUUAGCCUUUUCAACUAUUUAAAGCCUUAAAACCCCUUAAUCAACGAAACAAAACGCAACCCAUUUUCCAUUCGGAUUCAACCCCCCACCCCAUGUACUUAUCGGAGAAACCCCGUUCGAUAGAUUUGUACAAGGAGGAAGGUCCUGCUACUGACCGUGACAUGAUCUUCGAGGUCACCACCGAUGGGGACUUGCCACCUCACCACCAGCACCACGCCCCUCCUCCUCCUCACCACCACCAGCAAAUGAUGUUAGGUGAAAGCAGCGGCGAUGACCCAGAAGUCAAAGCCCCAAAGAAACGAGCCGAGACCUGGGUGCAAGAUGAAACCCGAUGCCUUAUCGCCCUCCGUAGAGAAAUGGACGGCCUUUUCAAUACUUCCAAAUCCAAUAAGCACUUGUGGGAGCAGAUUUCGGCUAAGAUGAGAGAGAAAGGGUUCGAUCGAUCCCCGACUAUGUGUACAGACAAGUGGAGGAACUUGUUGAAGGAGUUUAAAAAGGCUAGGCAUCAGGAUAGAGGGAGUGGGUCGGCUAAGAUGUCUUAUUAUAAGGAAAUUGAGGAAAUUUUGAGGGAGAGAACGAAGAAUGCUUAUAAGAGUCCAACUCCUCCUCCUAAGGUUGAUUCCUUUAUGCAUUUUGCUGACAAGGGAUUUGAGGAUGCUGGCAUAUCAUUUGGUCCUGUAGAAGCUGGUGGAAGGCCAACACUUAAUCUCGAAAGACGUUUAGAUCAUGAUGGGCAUCCUCUUGCUAUUGCCGCAGCUGAUGCAGUUGCAGCCAGUGGAGUUCCUCCUUGGAAUUGGAGAGAGACCCCUGGAAAUGAAAUCUUUGUAUUUUACCUGCUAUUCUGUUCCACACUCGUUUUGGAAGGUGGGGACUGUCAAGCAUAUGGAGGAAGAGUUAUAACUGUCAAGUUUGGGGACUACACCAGAAGGAUUGGUAUAGAUGGUACUGCUGUUGCCAUCCGAGAGGCAAUUAAAUCUGCUUUUAGAUUGAGAACUAAGCGUGCAUUUUGGUUGGAGGAUGAAGACAAUAUAGUUCGUAGCCUUGACAGGGAAAUGCCUUUAGGGAAUUAUACUCUCCAUCUCGAUGAAGGUUUGGCUAUAAAAGUUUGCCACUAUGAUGAGUCAGAUCAUAUACCGGUCCACACAGAAGACAAGAUCUUUUAUGUAGAAGAUGAUUACCGUGAAUAUCUAGCCCGUCGUGGCUACACAGGUCUCAGAGAGAUUGAUGGAUACAGAAACAUUGAUACUAUGGAUGACCUUCGAACUAAUGCCAUAUAUCGAGGUGUGAGCUGAAAACAGGCACAUCUUGCUCGUGCAACAAAAGUGGAAUUCUAAGAUUUUCUCUAAUGCUUUCUGAAGAUUGUGAUUAUGUUUUCUCGCAGCUGUUAAUAGCAUGCUGUAUGAUGUUUCUUAGGUAUUUCAGUCCAGUACAGUUUGUAAAUGUACAUAUCAUUUGAAAACAGAAGUAUUUCUAGCAAUUUUGGUUU